CGCAUGCUCCCAGUCGAAUUACAAUUACUCGUCCUUGAUCACCUUUAUUUGCUUGAUUCUAAUAAUUCAAGCCAUUCCAUCACUCGUGGCAGAUUGGUAUGUCAUACAUACUAUGCCCAUCUCACACCCAAGCUGUUUCAUACCGUCAGUGUAUCGAGCCCUCAGCGCUACACUCGGUUGAUGCAACAAUUGUACAACAUGUCGCUUGUCAAGUGUUUGGAUUUAUCUGCUUAUACCACCAUGGGCAGUGGAUGGACGGAUGCUAAAGCCAUGACUGUGGUUCAUGCAGAAUCAUUGUCUAUGAUGAUUCGUUCAUGCAGUCGUUUAGAACAAGUUCUAUUGGGCGAUGGUCUAGGGAAUGUUAUUAACGAUGCAGUCUUAAAUGCCAUUUUUUCUCGUCCUCUCUUACGCGGUGUCGAUAUGAUGGCGUGCUCCAACCCAUCUUUUGCUCAGUCCUUUUCGCUCACGAUGGGAAAUUUAGAACCCGUGGCCGAAAAUUUUUCCUCUGAACCACGUGCCUUCAACCAAGCCCUACCCACAGACCUUGUCGCUGAGGACGACUCCAACGCAUCAGUAUGCUCUGGCUUGUCCAGAAGGAAUUCAUUGGACUGCAUACCAUCAUCAUUGGACAGCGAUAUUGAAAUUCGGCCUGUAGUUGCUUUGCCUGACCUUGAAAGUCUGUCAUUGCAUAUGUGCUCAUCUUUAUCCGAGUCGCUGGUACUCUCCCCUCUAUUGUCCCGCCUACCUACUUUAACUCAUAUCGACCUUUCCCAUACCAAAAUAACGACAGCCACUCUCUGGAAUAUUCAGCCUGUCAAUUUGAAAGAGCUCUCUUUGCGAUAUUGCCGUGGCUUGACCUGCUGCAAUGCUGGAUUGCCCUAUGUCCUGGCCCGUUUCACUGACUUGGAAUACCUUAACCUGGCCAUGAACCCCAACCUUGGAGGCUCGCGAUUUUGUGAAACUUGCUUGCUCCAUAUUAUGAGCCAUCUCUCACCCUGUUUGACCACUUUGGAUAUAUCGGGCUCUUUGGAAUUGAACGAUGACCAUUUAGCUGCUAUGAAGAACACCCAGAAUUUGGAAAAACUCUCCAUUGCCUAUUGCCGAAAUGUAUCAUUGAAUGCUAUCCUUGCAUUACUCAAACGGUCUCCCAAUCUACACUACCUUAAUGUGACGGGGGUCCUGUCCGUGGAAACCACCUUACCCAGCCUAAUGAAGUUGCUGGAGUGUACCACCUCCACCGUGACGGAGAUUAGUGAUCAAGUCUAUAACGUUUUGCCGGGCAGUGUCUGCGGAUGGACAAAGUCCAGGUUGGGCCGACGCUGCUACCUCCAACGUGGCAACAUAGCCACCUCGGCGGAAACCACGCACUCUUACAAAGUGCAAAUAGACUCACAUACUACGCUAUCGCCUAUUAUCAAGUACUGGAGUUACGCCGUGUAAUGGAAAUCCAGGAUUUCUUGCUUCCCGUGGGAGGCUGCGGGUUUUGUCUCAUAGGGGCGGCGGGCCUGGACGGGGGGGGCGACCGGACUUUGUGCGAUCCCACAUAUCAUGUACAGGCAACCACCACCAACUUUCAUGUAUCUUAUGUAAGAGAUAUAGCUUGGCAUACACUUUGUAAAUAAUUGUAUAUAUGGCCAGGCCACAAGCAUCUCCACUCCACUAUUUAUAUAAUUCCACACGAACACACACAUUUUACGCGCGUGUGUUAAUAAAAAAGCGUUUCAUUAUUAAUAGGAG